AUAGGUUUGCAUGAAGUCACUUUAUUACGCUUGACUACAGUGUAGGAGUGUUUUCUCUUCACGGAAGUUGUUUUGCAGCGAUUUAAUCCAAAAACGUGUUCCUUUUGAAAUCGGUUUGCAAGACCUUGCCUGAUAUGGACUCUGAUCCUCGUCACGCUGAAGAUGUCCACAACGCGGCAGCAGAACUGUGGCGGAAGUAUUUGUUCAAGGGGCGACUGGUUGAGCCCGUGUCCAGUCCAACAUCUCCCGUGGAUGUUCCGUCUUUCCCUCGCCAUCAGUGCCACCUUGCGGACUGGCAGUUUCCUCUUCAAUCCUCAAAUGGAAUUCUCCGCUCACUCCCACAGGACCCGUUCCUCGGCCUGACAAUCCGUGGCUACUUGUUCCGAGGAGUCAUAAACUCAGGUGGAUCAGCUACUAUAUACAAUGUGUUUAAAGAUGGCAAGGUGUUUGCAGCGAAAGUGUCCCACCCAAGAAACACCAACCCAAGUGAACCAUCAAAAUUAUGGGCCAAUGAAUUCAACAUGCUCAAUCAGCUUCAGCACAAUAACAUUAUCAGGGCCUAUGAAAUAUUUGAACACAAGGGACGCCAGGUCUUGAUACUCGAGUAUGUCGGCGGAUGUAACCUGGCGGAAUUCAUGACCAGGAGGGGCGUGGCUGGGACACAAAGGGCGAUCAAGAAAAUCAUGAAACAAGUUUUGGAAGUUCUUCAAUAUCUCCAUAAACAUAACGUCGCCCAUCGGGACAUAACACCAUCCCACAUUCUCAUUGGACAGAGUGGAAAGGUCAAAAUAAUAAACUUUGGCGACGCGACCAGGCUUGGCACAAACAGCUCUUAUCUUAACCGCGAGACAGAAGAACAUUAUCCACAAAACGAGUCAACGAAUGUUCAAGAUGAUAUUAUCAAGUCAUUUGAUAUAUGGAAGUUUGGGGCGUCUAUAUAUGAAACCCUGUCAGGGAAAACACCUCACUUUAUGAGACCAAACCACAGUAAGCUGGACGUAUCUGCCAUUCACAGAGCUGACAAACAGCUGAUGUCGCUCAUGAAGAAGUGUUUGGAUGUGAAUCCCUUGUCUCGAAUUACAGCAAAACUUGCUCUAAAACAUGACUAUUUCAAACGGUUUUUCAAUUAUCCUCGUCACGCUGAAGAUGUCCACAACGCGGCAGCAGAACUGUGGCGGAAGUAUUUGUUCAAGGGACGACUGGUUGAACCCGUGUCCAGUCCAACACCUCCCGUGGAUGUUCCGUCUUUCCCUCGCCAUCAGUGCCACCUUGCGGACUGGCAGUUUCCUCUUCAAUCAUCAAAUGGAAUUCUCCGCUCACUCCCACAGGACCCGUUCCUCGGCCUGACAAUCCGUGGCUACUUGUUCCGAGGAGUCAUAAACUCAGGUGGAUCAGCUACUAUAUACAAUGUGUUUAAAGAUGGCAAGGUGUUUGCAGCGAAAGUGUCCCACCCAAGAAACACCAACCCAAGUGAACCAUCAAAAUUAUGGGCCAAUGAACUCAACAUGCUCAAUCAGCUUCAGCACAAUAACAUUAUCAGGGCCUAUGAAAUAUUUGAACACAAGGGACGCCAGGUCUUGAUACUCGAGUAUGUCGGCGGAUGUAACCUGGCGGAAUUCAUGACCAGGAGGGGCGUGGCUGGUUCACAAAGGGCGAUCAAGAAAAUCAUGAAACAAGUUUUGGAAGUUCUUCAAUAUCUCCAUAAACAUAACGUCGCCCAUCGGGACAUAACACCAUCCCACAUUCUCAUUGGACAGAGUGGAAAGGUCAAAAUAAUAAACUUUGGCCACGCGACCAGGCUUGGCACAAACAGCUCUUAUCUUAACCGCGAGACAGAAGAACAUUAUCCACAGAACGAGUCAACGAAUGUUCAAGAUGAUAUUAUCAAGUCAUUUGAUAUAUGGAAGUUUGGGGCGUCUAUAUAUGAAACCCUGUCAGGGAAAACACCUCACUUUAUGAGACCAAACCACAGUAAGCUGGACGUAUCUGCCAUUCACAGAGCUGACAAACAGCUGAUGUCGCUCAUGAAGAAGUGUUUGGAUGUGAAUCCCUUGUCUCGAAUUACAGCAAAACUUGCUCUAAAACACGUCUAUUUCAAACGGUUUUUCAAUUAAUUCCCUAACCUUAUUCUAACUUCACAAAUUCAAUUCAAAUUGUUACAGUACACAAUGUCAUGUCAAUCCUCUUCUGCCUAAUCAGUAAAAUCCUUAAUUAAAAUGUAAAUUUCUGUUCAUUAUAAACUUUGUAGUGGAAUGUUUCCGGACGAGAUGCUGUCACUGUUUUAUUGGAAUAUCAGUUGUUUGUGAACCAAUACAAUCAAACACAUCA